AUCCCACAAACUCCCACAGAAAGCGACAAACGAAACCAAAAAGUGACCAAAGCCGAAAAUGCGAGGAUGCGAACAGAGUAGAGAUGAAGAUGGCGGACCAGAGUCAAAGUGUCGUGUUAAGGAGGAAUCGGCCCGGAACUAAGGCCCAGAAUUUUUACCGAUGGUGUGAAGAGGCCUAUGAAGAGAUGGAUUCGACUCUUGUAGUGCAGCAGUACAUCCAGCAGACCAUCCGACAUGACCACAACAACAUUGAUGCCAUUCUCAAUGCCCCAGAAACUCAAGAUGAAGGGGUGUGGAAGUACGAGCACCUGAGGCAGUUUUGUAUGGAGUUGAAUGGCUUGGCAGUGCGACUACAAGGAGAGUGCCAGCCCACUACAUGCACUCAGAUGACAGCCACAGAGCAGUGGAUCUUCCUCUGUGCUGCACACAAAACGCCCAAAGAGUGUCCAGCUAUUGACUAUACCCGACACACCUUGGAUGGGGCUGCCUGCCUCCUCAACUCUAAUAAGUACUUUCCCAGCAGAGUAAGCAUCAAGGAGUCCUCUGUAGCCAAACUGGGAUCAGUGUGCAGGAGAGUCUACAGGAUAUUCUCCCAUGCUUAUUUCCACCAUAGACAAAUUUUUGAUGAAUUUGAGGCGGAGACCUCUCUGUGUCGGCGAUUUACAGUUUUCGUAACAAAGUACAAUUUGAUGUCUCGGGAUAAUCUUAUUGUUCCUAUCCUGGAGGAUGAAGGCGCUGGACAAGGCGAGUCAGACGCAUAGGAUGGAUGUGUCUGAGAGUAGUUAGACGUGGAGGAAUAAUUGAUUGUGCUGUACAUUGAUGCUAAAACUUCAUGAUAUGUGCCCUGCUUACAGAAAAAAGUAGUUUAUGGGCUCUCCCCCUGAAAAUUCAACAGUGGCUUAUUUGACACUGUUGUUUUGCUUUGAUAGUCUGUGCCUCAGCUCUACAAAUAUCAACACAGUGCUGUGGCUCUUGACUUCUGUUGAUUGUAUUAUUAUUCAGUUGAUCAUUUGCACUGGCUCUUCAUUUCAAACUCUUGAAAGGUUUAAUGGAGUUUGCUGCAUUUCUGUACAAUUUAUUACAACUGAUGCCUUACAAACAUCCAAAAGAAGAAAUCAGAAAUUCGAAAAGAAGAUACAGGGGAGGGCCCAGUUUAGACUCCAGCUACCCUCUAACUUUGGUGACAGUUGUAACACAAAGAUUUCCUACCUUUUACAGGUUAACAGGUGCUUUCUGAGGUACCAGGUACUUACAGGUAGGAUAGAAAGUGAAAUGAGCUGAUGGAAUCAGUAAAGGGAAUUUUUAAAAAGAAAGUAAGUAAUGGCUUUAGAUCUGUCGGUCUGUGCUUCAGAUGGAAAUGGCUUGUACUUGAACAUCUGACUUCUGUAGCCCGUUUUGAGGAUUAGCGUAAAAAGAGAAUAACUUUGUAUAGCAUUUAGUAAAUGGAUAGUAGAAGGAUAUGUUUGUGUAUUUAUUUGUAAUCAUAGUUUUUAUUAUUUCUGUUCUCUAUGAACCAACAAAUGGAAAUAAAAAAUAAUAGAACUGUCAUAAUUUGGGAGCAUACUCUACUUCAUAAAUGAAGAUUAAGUGAAUUGUCAUAAACCAGUAUAUUUAACUAUUAUCAUGAUUAUUUUUGAGGAUUUUUGGAAUAACAUUAUACUUAUACCUAAACACACACAAACAAGCACACACCCUAGUCCUUUGUCCAAAAAGUAAUGUUAAUUGGGAACUGAUAUGCAAUUAUUAGAGAGAAAGGUCUUACAUAUGAAGAAUAUAGACACCUGAAUAAAUGUUGAGUUUAUCUAUCUUCAAGUGACAUUAGGUUUCAGUUGGUGAAGCCAAUACCAGUUUAUGCAUUUACCAAGAAGUUGUAAAAGGGGGAGUUGGAAGGAGGAGAUGUGUUUAUCUACCAUUCAGUUUAUUUAUAAUAAAAAGACUGAUGAGAUUCAUGUGCUCAUUAUGCCUUGGCCUUAUUAAAAGAGACAGUUGUUUGUAUACUGCCUGCUGCUUAGUUCAGCAUUUUUUUCACUUCUUGUUUUUAAGCUUUGUGAAGAUAUUAAAGAUUGUAAAACAAGGAAGCAAAUAAGAUACAAGUUUUCAGGUUCUCAGGGACAGGGAAUAGUAUGGAUACUGAGGGGAAAAUAAACAGCAAUUAUAAUUUUCUUUUGAAGUUUUGUUUUUGUUUUGUUUUGUGUGGCAUGAGUGUCAGUGCUUCAUGUGAUAGUAUUGGAGCUUGAAUUCUUUUUAACUGAUUAGCAAGUAAUUAUUAGCUGCUGUGUAUUGCUAUACCUUUUUCUUAAUUGACAUCUUAAAGCUUAUUCAAGGCUGUGGCAGUUGCCAAAAGAGAGAAGUAGUGUUUAGAUGCUUCAGCAGCUGUCUUUUCUUGCUUUUGCUGAUCUCUUUGCUGAGCACUGUAGGGUAUUGAUCUUCCUUUGCUUGCUAUGUGCUCAAACAAGUAUUUCCACCAUCCAAUACAAAGACCCUGGCUAGAGAGAAACAGUGAGUAUGUGUGUGUGUGUGUGCAUGUGUGAGUGCCUGUGAGUGUGAAUGUAAUUACGUGUCUGUCUAUGUGAGAGUCUACCUGCUUCCAUACAUUUGUGCUGACAGACUGAGGACUUGGUACCAGCUGUAGCCAGCAGAGAAGUUCAAGGAAUGUGAAAGGGAUUGAAGAGUAGAAGUGCCAUGGAGGAGAGUGAAGGUAUUAAUUUCAUUGCUGUUUUGUGACCUGACUAGCUGUCUUCACUGAUGAGCUGUGUAACCCUGAUAAUGGGAGUGUUUUCAUGAAUUAGUGUUGUAGGAUGUGUGCCUAGUUCAAGAACUGCAGACAGUGUUUGACAGAUGAGAAAGUAGAAGCUUGUCACCUGGAUUAAAUAUUUUUGAUUUACCUCUUUGCCUUUUUAAAACAAAACCUGUAUAUAUAUAGCAUAACAUUAAGGUUUAUUAUUUAAUGCUGAUGUGUGGAAGUUGCAGCUAAUUGCUAGAAGGUUGAAAGGCCAAACCUUUUUUUCCCUUUCUUUUCUGGAUGCUGAUCUCACAGUGUCAGUGAAUUUUGCAAAGAUAUAAGGAAAAUGAGUGAUUAUGUUUUGAUGAAGCACAAUGUGAGUUAACCUUGAUUUUCCUGUCAGAAAGCCAUGUAUCAAUCAUUAUUCAUCUUGUAUGUAAUUUUUGAAUGUUGGGAUAUACCAUGUAUGAAUUUCACUUCCUGUGUAAUGCUCAGAUUUUUUGUAUUGAAUGGCGUAAUUUCCUCAGUGUGUGGUCUUUAAGUAAAUUAUAUAUAUCUUCAAUAUCUUUGUAAAAUUUGGAAAUAGAUGCUUUGCUGUAUUAAGUGGUGUUCAUGUAAAAAGUUUGUGGUAAUGUUGAUAAUUAUUGCUCAAUGUAUAGAUCGUCAUUCAUUUCUCGUAUAGAACAUAGCAGUUCUGUGUGGGAGUAAAAGCUAUGUUAAAUUAACUACUUCAUUUAUAUAAUUUGUUAUAUUGUUAUAUUUUAGAGUGAUUUCUGAAAGCUAAGAAGUAGACCCUUUCUGGGUUCUUUUUUUCUUUUGUUGAUAAGAAAUUAAAAAUUAUUCAUUUAUUUACAUUUUGAAAUUUUCAAUCAAGAUCUGUUCUUUUAGUAUUCGUUUAUCUAGGCUUUCACAGUGAAACCUGUAGGACUGAUCAACAAACUAAACUUGUAUUGAUUGAAGCUACAUGAUUAAAAAAAAAAAAGUAAUAUUCCUACUAAUCUCUUAAGAAAGAAUUUAAACAGAAGGCUAAUGGUUGCACUGUAUAUUGAAAGCCUUAUUAUGACACUGAUGUUUAGCCAUUCCAAAGUUCUUCUGUUUAUUCCGCUUAAUUUUAACAUCGGAUGUGAAAUGAUUGGGAUGACUGAGGUAGUGUAAUUUAUAUAAUUAUAUGUACGUAUAUAUAUAUAUCUAUAUUUAUGUAUAUACAAAUAUGUAUAUGUAUGAAUAUAUGUAUGUACAGUCUUCAGUGACAGUCCUGCUCUGUGCUUGUGUGGCCAUCUCCUGAAAAUGCCAUAGGUUCAGACUUUUCUACAUCCUCUUUGCUUCAGCAACCCUCAUAGCUGCUGAAAUAUCUUAAGAAACAUUUGAUGACCUCCUGUUUUAGGGAGUGUAAUUGCCUCCUCAUAACUGAGCCACCAUUUUCACAUGAUAUGUAUGCUUUUCCCUUUUUUCCAAAAUUGAUUCAUUCAUGGAAAUCCACUCAAGGAAAGUAAGGAGCUUGUAUUGUUAGUUGUUUUGGGAAAUAGUUUUCUGCUUACAUAUUGAUCAGGUCUUGUACAUCUACAAUUAUUUAUUAUGGUAUGGAUUAUAAAAUAUAGUCCUUAUGAACCAAAAUCAGAAUUUAUUAAUUUUUAAUACAUCUCUUCAGGGUCUUGUGCAAGGAAUUCUCAAUUUAAACUCUUAAGAUGGAAGUAUUAGUGCUUACCGAGACCUGUAAAAUUGUAAGCAGUCCUGUUAGACCUUCCAUAAUGCAUCAUUACAGAAUAAGGUUUGUUUUUCAUACUUGCUGAAAUUGGCUUUUAUAGUUAACAUGAGCAAACUCCAAGAAAUUUAUUGCAUUAAUAUGUGACCUAAACAUGAUAAACUAAGCUCCUUUUUUCCCAUUUUCUUGUACUUUACAUAUGCUUUUACCUGAAGUGGAAGGCCUCAGUUAAAAAAAAAAAGAGAAUAACAGAGAUAUGAGAGAAAGUAAUAAGCAAAAAACAUCUAAUAUUCUACAUCAUUUAGAGGGUCACAAAGAAUGGAAUGGUCACAAAGAAUGGAAUGGAACACUGAGUAAGACAGUUAUGCAUAUAUACAUGAAAUAUGCAUGUAUGUAUAUUAAUAAUGUAUAUGUAUAUGUAUGUGUGUAUAUAUAUAAUGUAUGUAUAUGGAAUAUAUAUAUAUUAUGUGUAUAUGUAUAUAUAUAUGUAAAUGUAUAUGUAUGAUAUAUACAUAUAUAUGUUUAUAUAUAUAUGUACUCACAGAAAGGUUUUCAGGUUGCAGUUGUGUAAUUUAAGUGUUGAUAGGGAAGUUCCCUUCAACAAUCACUAUGAGCAUACUUCUUGUGAUGACCAAAAAAAGGUGAAGAAUCACUUGAGAACUAAACUAGAGGAAGUGAGAUCUAAUAUACUGUGUUCUUCAGUGUAGUAAGUAAAGAAUGUGUUUGUAGGUGAGCAUUAUCUUAUGGAAGAGUCCUUUGAUGAGACAAAGCUUUGUGUGCUUUGGCCACGUAACUGCAUUUGGUUUUCUUUAUUUCUUUAGUAUGCUGGGACAGGGUGCUGUGAUUUUUUUUUUCUUUUACAAGUCUAAUUUGGUAAUCUUGUUUGAUCAAAAAAAUUGCAAAGAAAUAGGAAAUUUUGUAUUGAUUAAUUAGUUGUCAUUAUUGAUUUUAUGUUAUUACUAAUAUCGAUUAUAUUUUACUUUUAUUAUCAUUAUCAUUCUGCAUAAAGAUAGGGCCAGUCUAGUCAAGAAAGAUAACGUGAUUAUUGUAAAAUUUGUAAGUUCAUGAAAUCCAGCAGAUAACUACCAUUUUUCAAUUGUGUAAAGAAGAUGAAUAUUGCAUCCCUUUCAUUAUUUGGAUAAUGGGAAAAAUACCCUUCCUAUAUCUGCACAAGGGUCCAUAAUAUUUGACAUGAAGUGUUUGUUCAAGUAUCUCAUAGAAAUCAUUUGAAAGUUAAAUCACACUUGGAUCUUUUUAGCCCUAUUUUCCAUGACAAAAGUGUAAUAUGCAAGAAUGCACUUUUUCCCAACUUUUUAUAUGUUAACUUAUCUAAAGUAUUUAAAAAGUGUAUUGAUAUGAUGAUUGAUAAAAUAUAUUCUUAUCUCUGUGGAAACAGCCUAUAUAUUACAAGAAACAGUGAACUGUCUUUAUAAAAAUAGUGUGAAUGUGGCCCCCUAAAUAUUAUAUAUACAGUAUGUGUAUUUGUCUAAGAUGUAUUGCAAUGUUUUAGUAGAACUACACACUUGUGUGUAAGUUAUUUGUACUGUUGAAACAAAAGAAGGAAGUGCAUUAUAGAAUCUCUCCCCGUUAAGGAAUAGUGCGUUCAUCCCCAGAAUAAUGUAAAUACUGAAUGUCAUCAUUAUUUAUUAUAAUCAACUGUACAAACA